UCACUUGGAUCCGUUCGGCACUGCAGUGAACUACCUGGACGCUGCCUUCAGGAACAUCCGGAACCUGGGCAUCAUCUCUGUGACGUCCACCGACACGUCCUCUCUGUACUCCAAGAGUCCCAACGUCACCCUGCGGCACUACGGCUGCCACAUCAUCCGCACGGAGUACUACAAAGAGCUGGCUGCACGCAUGGUGGUGGACACAGUGUCCAGAGCGGCGGCUCGCUGUAACAAAGGCAUCGAGGUGCUGCUGGCCGUGGCCCUGGAGCAUUUCGUCCUGGUGGUGGUGCGAGUCCUCCGGGGCCCGACGCAGGCGGACGAGUCCACGAAGAAGUUACGUAAACUGGUCCACUGUCAGUGGUGUGAGGAGAGAGUCUUCCUCAAGAAGGGGAACAUGGUGGACGAAACGCUGCCCUGUAACUGUCACGGAAGUAUGCCCGGGAAGACAGCAGUGCAGCUGGGGCCGUUAUGGUCCGGCCCUCUGUUUAACACAGGCUUCCUGAGGAGGAUGCUGUCUGCGGCGGUGAAGCACAGCAUGGACGACAUCCAGCCGCUCGUCAAAACUCUCAUCUGCGAGUCGGACUGCACCACCCUCAAGUCGCUAGUCCACGGGUCGUCUGCUCUCAGCAACCAAGUGGAGUGCGGAGUCGUCAUCAAGACCUUGAAGAGCGGAGAAGAGUCGGGUCAGGCUGAGCAGUCCGGUGAGUCAGUGGCAGCAGAAGGAAU